AGUCGGCAUCCUUGAUCUAUUCUGGGUGAGAGGGGAUUUCUACACCAGCGUACAAACAGGAACAAAAAAAAAGUCCUCCCCAAGUCGCUGACAGGAGGGAUUGGGAAUCGAAUGAGAGGGUUGACCCGUGAGCGCUGUGGGAUCUCCAAAGUCUAGCCGAGGAGUGCCAGCAGAUCACCAAGUGGUCCUCAUUCGGAGCAACACACCUCCCCGUCGGAGGGGUGGCGAAGGACUGACUUAGUUUUUUUAAGAAAAGAAAACAUUUUGCCAGGGCCCAGUUCCGGGACUCAGGUUCCCGGUUAAUUUCCAGCAAGCUGUUUCCCGCAGGGAGGGACGCGAUGGUCCGAUCGACGUUGGCCACCGCAGCCAGCCUGGUGCUCACCACAACUGUGGUCACCCACGCCUAUUACCUGAAGCGGCAGUUUUACCCUACUGUGGUGUAUCUGACUAAAUCCAGCCCAAGUAUGGCGGUGCUGUACAUUCAGGCGUUUGUUUUGGUCUUCCUCAUCGGCAAGUUCAUGCGGAAGGUGUUCUUUGGGCAGCUGCGUGCUGCGGAGAUGGAGCAUUUAAUCGAGCGUUCCUGGUACGCCGUGACUGAGACUUGCUUGGCAUUCACCGUCUUCAGGGAUGACUUCAGUCCACGCUUUGUGGCCCUCUUCACCCUGCUGCUCUUUCUCAAGUGCUUCCACUGGCUAGCUGAGGACAGGGUGGACUUUAUGGAACGGAGUCCAAACAUCUCGUGGCUGUUUCACUUCCGAGUUGUCUCGCUGAUGGGUUUACUGGCUCUGUUGGAUCUGCUGUUUGUAAACCAUGCCUGUCACAGCAUCAUGACCCGGGGAGCAUCCGUCCAGCUGGUGUUUGGCUUUGAGUAUGCCAUUCUCCUCACUAUGGUGCUGACCAUAUUCAUCAAAUACAUUCUGCACACCAUCGAUCUUCAGAGUGAGAAUCCCUGGGACAACAAGGCUGUGUAUAUGCUCUACACCGAGCUCUUGACAGGGUUCAUUAAGGUGCUGCUCUACAUGGCCUUCAUGACCAUAAUGAUCAAAGUUCACACGUUCCCUCUGUUUGCCAUCCGUCCCAUGUACCUGACCAUGAGGCAAUUCAAGAAGGCAGUGACUGAUGCCAUCAUGUCGAGAAGAGCAAUUCGCAACAUGAACACGCUGUACCCCGAUGCCAGCCUAGAGGAACUCCAGCAAACCGACAACGUCUGCAUCAUUUGCCGUGAGGAGAUGGUAACUGGAGCCAAACGCCUCCCGUGUAACCACAUCUUCCACACCAGUUGCCUCCGUUCGUGGUUCCAGCGGCAGCAGACGUGCCCCACGUGUCGCAUGGACGUGCUGCGGGUCACGCUCCCCACCCAGACGCCGCCGCCGCAGCAGCCUCAGCCGCAGGUGCCACAGACCCCCCUGGUCCCCCAGCAACCCAAUCUGCCUCCAGGGAUGCCGCCCUUUCCGCCAGCUAUGUUCCCCUUCUGGCCGCCCAUGGGCCAGCACCUCUUCCCGCAGGCUCCUGGUGCAGCUCCGAAUGUGCCACAAUCCAACACGUCAGCUCCUGCUGGUGCAGAGGGCCAGGCAAGCGCUGGUGAAGAAUCCCGGAGCACUGAGACCAUGUCAGGGACUGGAUUGGAGACGCCCGCUGCUGCAUCAAUCCCAGGAUUUCCCUUCUCCUUCCCUCCCUUCCCGUCGGCUCCUUGGGUGGGAAUGCCCCCCCCUCCGUUUGGAAUGCCUCCGAUGCCGAUGCCACCUUCUGGCUUUGCCGGAUUGACAGACGAGGAGCUCCGAGCGAUGGAGGGUCAGGAGCGUCAGAACCUGGAAGCGCGGCUGCAGUGUCUUCAGAACAUUCACACGCUGCUGGAUGCAGCCAUGGUGCAGAUCCACCAAUACCUCUCUGUUGUCGCUACACUCAGUCCGCCCAGACCAACAGCAACUACCAGCUCAGCACCAAGUACAGAGUCAACGGAUCCAACGUCUGGAUCACAGGUGGAUUCUACUGGAGAUUCCCCUCCUCCUGCUUUCGACAGCACUUCCGCACAAUCUCCCCUGCAACCUGAAGAAAUAGGGCAGAGUGACCUGGAAGGGGCAGUGGGAUACUCCGUACCUGACUCGGCCGAAGUCCCGGACGAUGAGAAGGACGCUCUCAGUGAACCAGAUGCAGCUGAACUGCGCCGUAGGCGGCUGCGGAAACUCGACCUGCCCAGUGGCCGUCACUGACCGCUCGGACCGGACUACGCGGCUCGACGCCGGGUCAGAGACGGGCGGUGGGAGGGAUGGGAGGGGAACGGGAGGAUGGGAGACAGCCAGAGAGAACGUGGGGAGGGCUUGGGCUGCAGCAAGAGAGGGUGCCACUGUGUUCUCUCUCUCUCUCUCUCUCUCUCUCUCUCUCUCUCUCUCAAGGGUGUUUUCUCUUUUCAUCCCUCUAUUCCCGACCCAUCACCAAGUGCCAUUGAUCCUACCCUAAUGCAGGGAAUCCAAGCUUUGAACGUCGCUGCUGAAGACACUGCAGCAAGUCUGAGAAUAUCGAGAAAGGUCCAGUAAAAGGCAACAGAUACACCAGCUGCGAUCUCUUACGCUCUCUCGUUCUGUCCUUCUCCAUGCGCACACCCUGAUGUUUGUACCAAAAUUCAGCAAGAUUUCUCUCCCACCCUCCCCUCUGCCUACCCCCACUUCAGAAGGUCAAUUGGGUUUGGACAGGUCACCUGUUGCUAUCUGGCAUAGGGUCUUUGCGCGUUCGCUCACUCGCACUCUCUCUCUCCUUUUUUUCUUUUUCUAUCUCCUUUUCUAUCUCUCUCUCUCUCUCUCUCUCUCUCUCUCUCUCUCUCUGUGUAUUUGCCGCCUUCUCUCCUCCCUCCCCCUGUAUAAUAUCUGACAGUCAGUCUAUCUCUGGUGUUGCUGUGUGACAGGACCACACCUCAGUAGCCCUGUGUCCACUGUUGUCGACGGAACGAUCCAUACUGUGAGCAUGCCCUCCUCGAUGCACUUUGGCAACCUCUUCUCUUUCUCCCUGCCUCCGCCACCACCAAAAAACACUUGCUGUCAACCAACCACAGCUGCAAUAAUUGUUUUUGACUUUGGAUUCUCUAAAUCCAAAGCUUUGAUGUACCCUCCCCUCCUCUGCAGGAACAGCCAGAGGGUGAGAGGUGACAUGAUCCACCUCCAGCUACAUCCGGUAAAACAACUUGGAAUGGACUGAAUCUCAACGUGCUGGAAGACAGCUGCAUUAAAUACCAUGCAGAUCAUUUGCCCGUCUUUUAAAUGUUUUCAACCUUCCUAUUUACUUGGUUUAAUAAUAUGGCUCAUGUGUUUGAUCAAGAGUUUUCUCAAAUGUUAUAAAACAGCAGAGCAAUCAAUGAUCACAAUUAAGUAGAUGCUCAUCUCCUUUUCCUGUGAGAGGGAGGUCAUAUCUCUCCUGUGUCUGGAUAAGCCUCUUGUCAAUCUUGGGCGCGGGUGUGGGGGAGAAAGAGAGUGAAGAGGCUUGGAUAGGAGAUCUGGGAACUAGGUCCAAGCGGGACACUUCAGCAGUUUCACAUCUUUGCAAUAAGAUUAAACUGAUAGCCUCUUUCAAAAGAAAUAGACACAGCUUGUGACUUUGGGACUUGUAGAUUGGCUGAUUUUUAAAAAAAAUUUCACAAAGCACUUUUUUUCAGUUUCUCGUUUCAAAUCCACUGUAGAGAAGUCCCUAUUUCUUACUUCAUGUCAAAUAUAUGCGCACAAACACAACUCUAAUAUAACAUGCGCUAGUCAAGAGGAGGGGGGGUUUCCUUUCCCGCUCUCCUGGCCGAUCGUUCUCUGGGGAUUGGCUCGGGGUCUGCGGCCCCCACCCUGGUUUGCUCCCUGGCAAUUACUCUCUUAUUUUUGGUCCCAACUGUGAUUUCCGAGGCUCUGGAAAGGGUCGAGCAUGUGAAUCCCCUCGUUUGCCAGAAACAGACACGAGGGAAGGGGACAGGCCUGCCUUCCCAUUCCUCUCUUUUUGUUGAUUUCUGCCCAGUGUAAAGAACAGUGGAAAUGGCAUUUGUGCAGAUUUAUUCCCACCACUGCUUUCUUCAAUGUUCCCCUGUCGAUUUAAAAGAUUUAAGUUUUGGAUUGUCGCAAAAUGUUUUAAUUGUUGCAUGCAUAAGAAAUUUACAUUCUCUAUUUGCGAAAAGAAGCUUUGUAAUUUCACUUCACAGGGUGAAUGGCUGGUAUUUCACAACAAUCCUGUUGGCAUGUAUUGUUGCCAGCAGUAACAAUGUGAGACAACCUGUCUCCCCUUCUCCCUCUGGUGACCAAUAUAAUCCAGGACUUGGGAAAAUUCAGUUUCCCUUUCCAGCGUCAAUAUUGAGUUGGCUGAUUUGUCAAGGGGAAGAUCAAUCUCCCCAUGUCCCAAGGUGGUGGGUGAGGGAUGUGCUGGAGAUGUAGGCUGUAUUGUGGAAUCCCAAGGGAUUGGCUGCUAUACAGCUCACCCUCCCAGGGGCAAGGUGAGCAAAGCCAUUGUGCUAUUGUGACAAUGUGGACUCCUCUACCUGGCUCAUGCGUGUUGUAAUACAUGACCCCCAUUCACAGCCUCCAUCCACUAAACUGCAUGCAGGAGGAAUUGGCCCUCCCAUCUGAGACCCUGAGUGAGGAUGAGAUGGGAUUUUCGUGUGGCUCUCCCUGUGGACAGAGCAUUCUGGAUAUGGAUGUGUCCGGUGUUUUUGGGACUGUUGAAGGAUCGGUCAUCUCCACAACCCCUUCCAGCUGACAUUAAUUGGGAGGGUUGGGGAAGGUAGGCACUUGAUGGUUUUGCUGUGGGGGAGAUGGGUCACGUAAAUUUUGCAGUGUGGUCUGGAGUGAGCUUGCAGUUAGUGGCUUCUUGCUCUGAAUGACAUGCUCAGAGCUUGCAAGGAAUCUUUUCCUGUUGUUGUAGUGGAAAACAGAAGGGCACUGAGGCCUGUUAUUGUCCCUCUCCCUCUGUAUUCAUUUGUAAAGUGCCUAGGAUGUGUUGGUAAUAAAAAUUGGGGGGAGGGGAAGAGUCUGAGGGCUUGCUAGCCUUCAUUAAUCUGUAACACAAUAAUUGGGAUGCAGGGUUCUGUUGGAAGUAAUUAGACCUACUAUGGUGUUGGAUGCUGUCCUUUCUUCAGCAAUCACCCUCUUUGUUGCUGUAAUACCAAGUAGAACACUGUUGUCUUGAUAGAGGCACCUAAGUGAGUUGUAACUCAUUGACACCACCAAAGUGAAGCAGAAUCAAACAAACCAGGCAGUUUGGUGGAAGAAUACUGCUCCCAAAACAAUAAUACAGCUCCCUAAGGAAUAAGGCUUGCUCUUGUUUUUUUUUAGUCUUCAAAAAGCAAAAUCCAAAUAGAAAAAAAUGUUCCAAUCCUUUCUGGUUGCCCCAUCAGCAAUGUUUUUUUUUAAAACCCAUUUUUUUGUCCCCCCCCCCCCCCAACCAAAAAUUUCAGGAAGUAUCAAUUUUGAGAGUGUGUGUACAUGUGUCAGAUCUGUGGUUUGAGGGUUGUUUGGAUCUGAGACAUGUGACCGACAGAAACCAUUUUCAGGUUCGGGUCUCCAUGUAAUGCAAGGAAUCUAAAUGUAAGAGCUCUAUACAGGUGAGGGUUUUGUGGUUGAUUUAUUUAAUUUGUACAUAUUGUAUAAAAUUUUAAUAGCUGGAAUUGUACAUACUGCACAAUAAAUUCUGCUGGUUCUGU